UGUAUAUUUUAGGGUUUAAAGUGCAAAAUUUUAUUUUCGUAGUUUCUCCCUUCCAUAGCUGCUGCAGUUGUCGCUGGUGCUCUCUCAAAACUCCAGUGUUGGCAUUAAUGGCUUUCCUACUCCAUAAAACCACUAUUCUCUCAAAUUUACGGUCCCAUUCUCAGAAGAAUGACGACUCGCUCACGCGACGGGGAUUCCAUGUCGAGCCAGGGCCUCGCGAGAAAGCUCUGCUGUCAGAGGAUCCAUCAUUAAAGCGGUUCAAAUCAUGCAAGAAGAGUGUGUGGCGACUCAAAAGAAUUGGAAAUGUUCUCACAAUUGUAGUUGUAGCAGGUUGUUGCUAUGAGAUUUAUGUCAAAGCAGUAAUGCGAGAAGAAGCUAGGAAACAAGCAAGCGGAAGUGCAUAACGGAAGGGCGCGUUUCUCUGACAUUUGUUUCAGCUAUAGGGCUUUUGUGAUUUUGUUUUUCCUUGGUGUCCAAUAAGCCGGACAAAAAGGGUCCAACAAGCCAGACAAAAAGGGGAGUGGUAUAUUAGCUUUGAGCUGCCUCUCCAUCCACUGCCAAUAGACCUUGUUGAUGCUUUCGAAGAUUUUAGGAUAAGACUCUAGAUUGAUUGUCAUGUUGCUUGUGCUUGUUUUCGCCGUAAGUUUACUUCGCUUGGUUGUUAUUUUUAUGUUAUGUAUAACUUGUUUAUAUCUUCACGUGUGAGUCAAGAGUUGCAUUUGCGGGAAA